AUGGACACAGAUGAGCUUAUGGCUGUGCAAGAUCCUCGAAGACGACCAGUGAGGACAUUGAGUCCUACUAUUGAGAGUUACCACUGGUUUAGGACGUUUUUAGGUACGUUUAAUGGAGACACUGCCCAAGAAAUCACCAUAGCCGACCUCCAACAAGCCCUGAACGGAAGUAAUGCGACAGACAUACUGAAAGAAUUCCUGAACAUUUCAAGGGAACAAGGUAGAAAUGUCUUCACUAUAAACGAAUGCCUCGGCGUUUUGCACGCCAAAGAAUUUCUGAAAGCAAAGCCUUUAUUGAAGCGUGUGCUCGGAUUCUCCACAAUUAUCGUGGUCGCAAAGCAGAAACGUCGAAGCGCAAUCAUCGAGAAGGUGAGUAGUUUGACGAGUUGUUCAAAUGAAAACCUCGACGACCCUAUGGGCGUCCUCAGGAGCUAUGGCUUGAUAUGCAUUCACCAAACUCCCAUGUUUAUCAUCGGCAUAUCGGCUGUUCAGAUGGCUGUGUUUGCAUAUAAUUGCGUAUACCCUUCUUGUGUUCAACCGCGCAACGUGUGCCAACUUCCUUGCAACAGUUCGCUAAUCUUCAGCCCACUCAAGCGUCGGGAGUUGUGGAGAUUCCUGUCAUACGCACUUGUGCACGACGGACUUUUGCACAUGGGCAGCAACAUCAUCCUGCAGCUUGCUUUCGGGCUGCCGCUGGAAAUGGUUCACUCCUGGUGGCGAGUCAUGAUCGUGUACUGCUCUGGCGUUCAGUGUGGGCCCCUUGCGCAGUUCUUCUUCAACCCUCACGUCUACCUCGCCGGCUCUUCGAGUGGUGUCUACGCUUUGCAGACGGCGCAUUUGGCGCACAUUGUUACCAACUUCAGAGACAUGGAGUUUGUCUGGAUGCGAUUGCUGGGUCUGCUCUUUAUCUAUGGCAACGACUUGUACUGGGUUCUCACUGGGCCCCAGCGUAGGCAAGGCCGUUACUUCAGUUACGCAGGUCACUACGGAGGAGCCCUAGCUGGACUUUUGGUGGGCGUUCCGGCUCUUAAGACAGUUCCCCUAGGAAAAUGGGCUCGAUAUCUUGAACACGGCAUUUUGUCUGUUUUUUGCACCGCCCUUUGGGCUGUUAUGUUUUGGAACGCGUUUGGGAUUUCAUAG